AUGGAUGGUGGAAUCAGUGAGGAGAACCGCAAGGUUUUCAUUUGGGUUGCGGAGUUGCUGGACCCGAACCGCAGGGAGGCCGCACUUAUGGAACUCAGCAAGAAGAGAGAGCAGGUGCCCGAGCUUGCGCUAGUUAUUUGGCAUUCAUUUGGUGUCAUGACUGCGUUACUCCAGGAGAUUAUCUCGGUCUACCCUCUACUCAACCCCUCCCAGUUGACUGCUGCUGCGUCGAAUCGGGUUUGUAAUGCACUGGCUCUAUUGCAGUGUGUUGCGUCUCACAAUGAGACCCGCACGCUAUUUUUGAACGCUCAUAUCCCUCUCUUCCUCUACCCUUUCCUGAACACAACUUCGAAGUCGCGCCCAUUCGAAUACCUCCGUCUCACUUCUCUGGGUGUCAUUGGUGCGUUGGUCAAGAAUGACUCCUCGGAUGUCAUCAAUUUCCUUCUCACGACCGAAAUCAUUCCCCUCUGUCUUCGGAUCAUGGAGACGGGCUCUGAGUUGAGCAAGACUGUUGCCAUAUUUAUUGUACAGAAGAUUCUACUGGAUGACAUUGGUCUCGCAUACAUCUGCGCUACAUACGAGAGAUUUUAUGCCGUGGGGACCGUUUUGAGCAACAUGGUCACACAGCUCGUGGAGCAGCAGACCGUGAGAUUAUUGAAGCAUGUUGUGCGCUGCUUCCUUCGUUUGAGCGACAACAGCAGAGCCCGGGAGGCUUUGCGCCAAUGUCUUCCUGAACCCCUCCGCGACGCCACCUUCUCCUCUGUUCUCCGCGAUGACGCUGCCACGAAGCGAUGCCUUGCGCAGCUCCUCAUCAACCUCUCCGAUAAUGUCUCCGAUGGCGCCCCCGGUGUUGCUAUGUAA